AUGCUGUUGGAUAAGGGUGCUUACGUUAACGCUCAAGGAGGACGCUACGGUAAUGCACUACAGGCGGCAUCAAAACGUGGCCACGAGAAGGUAGUGCAGACACUAUUGGACCGAGGUGCCGAUGUUAACGCUCAAGGGGAGGAUACUACGGUGGUGCAGACACUACUAGACCGAGGUGCCGAUGUUAACGCUCAAGGAGGAUACUACGGUAAUGCAUUAUAUGCGGCAUUAAAGCAUGACCACAAGAAGGUGGUGCAGACACUACUAGACCGAGGUGCCGAUGUUAACGCUCAAGGAGGAUACUACGGUAAUGCAUUAUAUGCGGCAUUAAAGCAUGACCACAAGAAGGUGGUGCAGACACUACUAGACCGAGGUGCCGAUGUUAACGCUCAAGGAGGAUACUACAGUAAUGUACUACAGAUGGCAUCAGAGCGUAGCUACGAGAAGGUAGUGCAGAAACUACUGGACCGAGGUGCCAAUGUCAACGCUCAAGGAGGACACUACGGUAAUGCACUACAGGCGGCAUCAGAGCGUAGCUACGAGAAGGUAGUGCAGAAACUACUGGACCGAGGUGCCAAUGUCAACGCUCAAGGAGGACACUACGGUAAUGCACUACAGGCGGCAUCAGAGCGUAGCUACGAGAAGGUAGUGCAGAAACUACUGGACCGAGGUGCCAAUGUCAACGCUCAAGGAGGACACUACGGUAAUGCACUACAGGCGGCAUCAGAGCGUAGCUACGAGAAGGUAGUGCAGAAACUACUGGACCGAGGUGCCAAUGUCAACGCUCAAGGAGGACACUACGGUAACGCACUACAGAUGGCAUCAGAGCGUGGCCACGAGAAGGUAGUGCAGACACUACUGGACCGAGGUGCCAAUGUCAACGCUCAAGGAGGACACUACGGUAACGCACUACAGAUGGCAUCAGAGCGUGGCCACGAGAAGGUAGUGCAGACACUACUGGACCGAGGUGCCAAUGUCAACGCUCAAGGAGGACACUACGGUAACGCACUACAGAUGGCAUCAGAGCGUGGCCACGAGAAGGUAGUGCAGACACUACUGGACCGAGGUGCCAAUGUCAACGCUCAAGGAGGACACUACGGUAACGCACUACAGAUGGCAUCAGAGCGUGGCCACGAGAAGGUGGUGCAAGCACUACUGGACCGAGGCGGCACAUCAAAGCGUGGCCACGAGAAGGUGGUGCAGACACUACUGGACCGAGGUGCUAAUGUCAAUGCUCAAGGAGGAUACUACAGUAAUAUACUACAGAUGGCAUCAAAGCGUGGCCACGAGAAGGUGGUGCAGACACUACUAGACCAAGGUGCUAAUGUCAACGCUCAAGGAGGAUACUAUAGUAAUGCAUUAUAUACGGCAUCAGAGCGUGGCCACGAGAAGGUGGUGCAGACACUACUAGACCAAGGUGCUAAUGUCAACGCUCAAGGAGGAUACUAUAGUAAUGCAUUAUAUACGGCAUCAGAGCGUGGCCACGAGAAGGUGGUGCAGACACUACUAGACCAAGGUGCUAAUGUCAACGCUCAAGGAGGAUACUAUAGUAAUGCAUUAUAUACGGCAUCAGAGCGUGGCCACGAGAAGGUGGUGCAGACACUACUGGACCGAGGUGCCAAUGUCAACACUCAAGGAGGACACUACGGUAACGCACUACAGGCAGCAUUAGAGUGUGGUCACAAGAAGGUAGUACAAAUACUACAUAACUACAAGCAGAGUAUAGAUCAUUAA